AUGCGAAUUGAGUCGUUUGGCGGGGGCUCUACUCAGUGCUCUGCCGUCGAUGCUGUUCUGCAGCGGCAGCAGCAGCAGCGGCUGCUGCUGCUGCUGCUGCUGCUGCUGCUGCUGCACGUAGCAACAGCAGCAGCAGCAGCUGCUGCUGCUGCUGCUGCUGCUGCCACAGCGAGCUGCGGCUGCAGCAGCAGCAGCAGCAGCAGCAGCAGCAGCAGCAGCAGCGCAGCAGCAGCAGCAGCAGCAGCAGCAGCGCAGCAGCAGCAGCUGCAGCAGUGCCAACUGCUUUUCAGCUCUCAAAAGAAAACGUCUCAUAUUGCGUUUCAGUUGCUGCAGCAGCAGCAGCAACUAAAUAGAGCGUUUGCUUCUUCCAGCGGAAGCACAAAGGCAUGUGCCCUGAGCCUCUGUUCUCAGCAGCAGCAGCAGCAGCAGCAGCAGCGCCGGAGCGGCAGUGGCCACAGCAGCAGCAGCCCAACCUCUCCCCCUUUUCAAAUACUUCUUCUUUGCCCUGGUGUCUGCUGCUGCCUCACUUUUGAGGUGUACAUACACCUGACUUUGUCCAGCAAAGCCUUCUCGGGCUGGCUUGCAGCAACAGCAGCAAGCAGCAGCAGCAAGCAGCAGCAGCAAGCAGCCGCAGCAGCAGGCAGCAGCAGCAGCAGCAGGCAGCAGCAGCAGCACGAGUCACCGUUUCGGGUCGACUUUUCAAAGCCGCAGCAGCAAACGCUCAUGCAUACAGCGACGGCGCUGCAUUGA